CACAAACUCUCUUCGUCGGCUUUCCUCUGCACGCGAAAGGCUUUCCCACUCAGCGCGCACUCGACGUGGCCGUUAUUUCGCAAGACACGGGACUGUCCGGGCUCUGAAAAUAAAUCUACACAACAACCCGGUGAACGUUAAUAAACCUCGGCUGACAUCGGUAAAGAAAUAACGGGACCGGGCCCACGGCACUGCAUUUCAUCACGCUACAGAAACACAGAGACAAACCGGGUUCAGGCAUCGGGACCAACGCGCUGCAUGCAAGCCCUGUACGCCGCCUCCGCGCACAGAAUGCAGCAUCCCCUGACGGGAGGAACGUGCGUGGCGAUGCCCAACGUAGACAUGUGUCCUCAACUGUCCUGCGCUGCUCUCACCUUUAUGUACCUCCAGCAGGGUAACCAGGAGGCCCCUCCCCUUCCAGACUCCAGGACUCAGCCGUACCCCUCCGCCCAAUUUGCCCCCCCUCAGAACGGCCUGCCCGCUGAGUUCACCGCCUCACACCCUCACCCUGCGCCCCCCGUCUACACAGGACAGCCCCCCGUCAGCGAACACCCCCUCAACAUGUACCCCACUUCACAGAACCACAGUGAACAGAGUGGACAGGACACCAGCAUACAGACUGUCUCAGCCACAGCCACACAGACAGAGGAGGAGUCUCAGACAGACAGUCAGCAGCAGAGCCAGUCGUCUGACAGUCCUAACAGUAAGACUCAACCCAAGCGUCUCCAUGUCUCCAACAUACCCUUCAGAUUCAGGGACCCAGACCUCAGGCAGAUGUUUGGUCAAUUUGGUCAAAUCUUAGACGUUGAAAUCAUUUUUAACGAGCGGGGCUCUAAGGGUUUUGGGUUCGUAACAUUCGAGCAUAGUGCGGACGCUGACAGGGCGCGAGACAAAUUACACGGCACGGUCGUAGAAGGCCGUAAAAUAGAGGUCAACAAUGCAACGGCACGGGUAAUGACCAAUAAGAAGACCGUCAAUCCUUAUGCAAAUGGGUGGAAGUUGAACCCAGUAGUCGGUGCAGUCUACAGUCCAGAGUUCUAUGCAGUACCGGGCUUCCCCUACUCAGCAGCCAGUGCUGCGGUGGCAGCCUACAGAGGGGCCCAUCUAAGAGGUCGAGGGCGUACGGUCUACAACACAUUCAGAGCAGCCGCACCCCCACCUCACAUCCCCACAUACGGAGGUGUUGUUUACCAGGAUGGAUUUUAUGGUGCAGAUAUUUAUGGGGGCUAUGCUGCCUACAGGUAUACUCAGCCUGCUGCCGCCACAGCUGCUGCAUACGGUGACAGUUACGGACCAGUAUAUGCUGCGGAACCCUACAACCACCCACUUGCUCCAGCAGCCACAUACAGCAUUGGUGCCAUGAAUCCGUUUGCCCCGUUGGCUGAUGCCAAGACGAGGAGUCAUGCUGACGACGUGGGGCUGGUGUUGUUCCUGCAGGCUAGUAUAUACAGGGGAGGUUACAGCCGCUUUGCCCCAUACUAACCCACCAACCAACCUCCCUAAAACCAUACAACAACCAAUUACUACCCUACCAACCAACCAACCUCCCCACAACCAAACAACAAUCAAUCCUUUCUGACAGGGACACAACCGAGCAGCCAACCAACCGACCGACCAACAAACACACCACACAACCAACAAACCAGUAUGUGAGUGAGACAGAGAGAGAGAGACAGAGAGAGACAGAGAGAGAGACAGAGAGAGAGACAGAGAGAGAGACAGAGAGAGAACUUUGAGGCCUGGGUAUUGCAAUAUAAACUGUUGAGCAUGAUUUUAGCAGCUCCUAAGGGAGAGGCAAGUCAGUCAACUAAAAAGACGGAUAUUUAUACCUCAGAUAUUGUGUGCUGUUCAUUUUGAUACAGUGGGUUUUUAAUUUGUAAAGGUUAGUAGAUUGUCCGUGUUGGUAGAGCUAUAGAAGAGCUACUAGAUUUUAAAACCUUACCAUUGUAAAACAACACAUUUCAACUGUUAGGGAUUGGUGAAAAGACAAACCAAUCCUGUAGAAUACAUCGUAGAAUGUGAUCCCGUUUUGUAAGAGUGUUUACAUGAUUGUAGGGUUCGGAUCCCUUUGACAUUCUCUCUGUUAGUGUCUACGUUGUUUCCUAGCUACUGGGGUUAGGAUUAGGAAUGGGGUUAAAGUUAAGGACUGGGCAAGUGUUAGGGUUAGGAUCAGGUUAGGAUUAGGGUUAAGGUUGGGGUUAGGUUAGGUUAGGAUUAGGGUUAAGGUUGGGGUUAGGUUAGGAUUAGGGUUAAGGAUGGGAUUAGGUUAGGAUUAGGGUUAAGGUUGGGAUUAGGUUAGGAUUAGGGUUAAGGUUGGGAUUAGGUUAGGAUUAGGGUUAAGGUUGGGAUUAGGUUGGGGUUAGGUUAGGUUAGGAUUGGGAUUAAGGUUGGGAUUCGGUUAGGUUAGGAUUGGGGUUAAAGUUAUGGACUGGGCAAGUGUUAGGGUUAGGAUUAGGUUAGGAUUAUGGUUAAGGUUGGGGUUAGGUUAGGUUAGGAUUGGGGUUAAGGUUAAGGACUGGGCAAGUGUUAGGGUUAGGAUUAGGUUAGGAUUAGGGUUAAGGUUGGGGUUAGGUUAGGAUUGGGGUUAAAGAUAUGGACUGGGCAAGUGUUAGGGUUAGGAUUAGGGUUAAGGUUGGGGUUAGGUUAGGAUUGGGGUUAAAGUUAAGAACUGGGCAAGUGUUAGGGUUAGGAUUAGGGUUAAGGUUGGGAUUAGGUUAGGUUAGGAUUAGGGUUAAGGUUGAGGUUAGGGCUGAAGCUCAGGGUUAGGAUUAAGGUUAUGGUUGGGGAGGUGGGGGUAAAAUGGGGUACUAGAAAGGCACGAAAGGUUGCAAGAUCGAGUCCCCUGCUGACAAGGUCAAAAUCUUGCGUUCUACCCCUGAACAAGGCAGUUAACCCACUGUUCCUAGGCCGUCAUUGUAAAUAAGAAUUUGUUCUUAACUGACUUGCCUAGUUAAAUAAAGUUAAAAUAGAAAUUAGACCAGGUGAUUGGAGAGAUGGAGGGGAGGUGGGGCUAAAAUGGGGUACUAUAAACCCACAACACAGUGCUGUGUCAUUACUAGACCAGGUGAUGGGAAAGAGAGAGAUG